GACGCAUCACUGUCAGGUCCUUCUUCCACAGCGCAGGAAAUUGAAAGUAAAAAUCACAACAGAUCCACUGCAAUUCAUCUACGUUUACUUCGGAAACCAGUCAUAAACCGUCCUUAGAAUGUUCAUCGCGUCGGGGGACGUUGUUCCUUCUUUUAAAGGCUUCACUCUGAUAAUGCCCGCGGUGUCCGUCGGGAAUGUGGGGCAGCUGGCCGUGGACCUCAUCAUCUCCACACUGAACAUGGCCCGAGUGGGACACUUCCACACGGACUGCCUCAUCCCCAUGGCUGGAAACAACCCGUACGCCUCAUCCGCCGAGGAGGCCGUCCAGCUCAGCACCUGCGCCGAGGUGUACUCUCACAGUGACUCGAAACUUGCUGUACUGCAGAUAAGGACACCCAUUAUCCAGACAAAGGUCAGAUCAUUCCGGAAGCUGAUGGUGUCCUGGAUCAAGAGCAGUGGCUUCCUCAGGAGUGUGCUGCUGUCCAGCAGUCAAGCGUAUCACAGAGACGACCAGCAGCUUCACGGCUCUCCUCUGCGGUACCUGCUGACCCCGUCUCUGCAGAAGGAGGAGGCUCCGAGGGUGGAGGAGCUGGGCUGGAAGGAGAUGGAGAGGAUCAGUGCGUUUCCCGGGAUCUCCGACUCUGAGCAGCGGCUCUACAUUCCCGGAGGAGGAGUGACCAAAGCCCUUUACACGGACUGCUGCACCGAGGGCAUCUCUAUGGCAGUACUGCUGAUCUUCUGCUCAGAAGGAGACAACGUCCCUGACGCGUUCGCUCUCGUUAACCAUCUCAACGACUGGCUCCAUCUGCUGGAUAAACCCGCGCAGGGUUCGGUGCAGUGGCGGGUUCCUCCCUCGUGGAGGCUGCUGUUCGGCAGCGGUGUCCCUCCUCUUCUCUUCUGAAGCAGCACGCUUGCAUAUGGAUACCUAGUGAUGCAAUCUUGCAGGUGUGACUCUUAAACACGAACCACAGAAAUCACUGAUGGUUGAGCGGUCAAACUGCACGAAGCGCUGAAUACACAUUUUGCUUGUAAAUAAGUGAAAUAGUAGAGAAAUAAUAAACUGUUGCAUUAUUUUUGGCAAA